AUGGGUUUGGAUCCGUUGAACCAAUCCAUAGCCAACAAUGUGGUGGAUGGAUAUUUUAUGGACAAAACAUUCACAAGGGUCACACAAAUUCUUGACAAGAUGGCAGAACAUAAUCAAGCUUGGCACUCGUUAGAUACCACGGGUGGAAUUGCAUACAGUACUCCCUUUUUGACCAACAUGAUUAAGGAGAACCAAGAGAGAGAUCAAAUUGCGAGGAAGCAAAUUAUGUCCAUAAUUCUCAAGGCGGUUACCAAAGACAAUCCUACCAAGGUCCUGGACAACACAAUCAAUGGAGGCCUAACCCGCAAGGGCAAGGCCAUCAACAGUGGCGAAAUGAUCAAGGUGGUUCAAGUUAAGAGGUCAAGGACUGUAAAAGAGACACCAAAAGAUCUAGCACCAAUUCCUAGACCUCCCCCUCCUUUCUCUCAAAGACUUGCUAGGAGGGUUGAUGAUAGCAAACUCGAGAAAUUCUAUGACAUUCUCAAGCAAUUAUCGGUGAACAUUCAAUUUGUGGAAGCAUUUCAAGAGAUGCCGGAUUUUGCUAAAUACUUGAAGGACUUGAUCACCAAGAAGAAAACCACUAAGAAUGAAGUAGUGAAUGUGAAUAACCGGCAAGAGGGGUUAGGUAUGCCGCAGCCUACAAGCAUGAGGUUGCAAAUGGCCGAUCGUUCAAUCAAAAGACCGGUGGGGAUCAUUGAUGAUGUCCUUGUGAAAGUGGAAAAGUUCAUCCUUCCCGCUGAUUUUGUGAUCCUUGACUGUGUUGUUGAUAAAGAAAUCCCUAUCAUCUUGGGGAGACCAUUCCUUGCUACCGGAAGAGCACUUAUGGAUUCGGAAUGA